GGCUGCGACAUCAUACUAAAUGCAAGAAAGUCCAAGUUGCAACUUACCACAGCAGCUUCCUUGUGGGACCAAUAACAGUUCCAAAACUUGCCACACCUCCUUGAAUGAUAGGAUCUGCAGGAAAGAAAUUCAAUUCUCAUAAGGCUACAACAGAUGUGUACUGGUUACAUGCAGUCUUUCUGCUGUUGUGAUGGACAUCGAGGACCAUAAUGGAGAUAUAGGUGGAUUUGGGGAGGAGAGGGUAAAACCAAGACCACUGCCUGAUGAUUUGCCUAAGUCACUCGACGAUCGAAAAAAUGUAUCGGCGGAGUAUGCACCUGAGACUGAGAUGUAUGAUGCAUGGCAAGGACAAUCGCAAUUCUUAACAAAUCCCGUUCUUGCUAAACCGCUUGAAUUCAAGAACCUCUCGCUCGGAACUGACGAAUUCGAAGAUGAUAUUACAAAACAAAAGAUAGGGGAUAGUGAUAACAGACUCAUGGAAAUGUUGGCCGCUCAAGCAGCACAUCGCGAUGGCUCAGCUAGUGAGGAUGAAGAUGCUGUCGCGACCGAUGAGAAGCUUUCACUCGAGGAGAAGAAGGAUAUAUUACAAAAGGCUUUGAAUAUGGCAGCUAGCAACGGAGAUGUUGAUCGCAUAGAGAGGAUUCUUCAAGGUAAAGCAAAAGACCUUAUUGAUUUGGAUGCGCCGGAUGAAGAAGGUACAGCACCAAUAAUAUACGCAAGUUGUUUUGGUCAUGAAGCCGUUGUAACAGCACUAUUAGAUGCUGGCGCCGAUGUCGACAAGCAAGAUCGAAAUCAAUGGAGUGCUUUGAUGUGGGCAAUGACAAAUCGACAUAAGGGUAUAGCGAAGGCACUUCUAGAUAGGGGCGCAUCUAGAGAUGUUAAAUCAUCAACGGGUAGAACGGCAUUCGACUUUAUCGCUCCAGAUAGUGAAAUUGCCGAUUAUCUUCAGGAUGGUGGUUAUCACAUUGGCAAUGCUGGAGUAACGGACGACUUUUAUAAUCCUGGAUUCUCCCAAGAUCGAUUCGAAGAGGAGAUGGCGGAAAAUGAGAUGAGGCGGCGAAUGAUGAUGGAGAGUGCCAGGGAUUUAGAGGUUGACUUGGGUAAUAUGGGCAUUGAUGACCAACCUGAGUCGCCAGAGGAGUUAGAAGAAGGCCACGAUUUCGAUUGGAGUCGAUGUUUACAUGAUCAAAUGUUUGUGUUCCAGGAAAGUGAACUUGGACGAAUCCUGGAUAUUAUCAUCACCAACAUGUCUCCUCAACGGUCACCGUCUCAAAAACCUGUGCCGGCGAAUAUGAUUUUCCUCAGCGCCAGAUAUGCUCAUUAUCAUGCAAGUCACGAUCUUCUUGCCAAGCUCCUCAUUAGCGCAAUGGAUAAGAUCAAUGAUGUGGUUGAAACACAUCAAUGGGACAUGACAAUAUUGGCUUUCUGGAUUUCGAAUGCUACAUUAUUAUUACAUUAUCUGAAGAAAGAUGCUGGGUUAUCUGAGUCAACAUCCGAAUUUCAACUUCAGCUGGCGGAAUUAAUCAAUGAAAUAUUUAUCUUGAUUAUUCGAGAUGCUGAAAGGAGAAUGGAUAAAGUCCUCGAUUCUGCCAUGCUGGAACAUGAAACCAUCCCAGGAUUUGAAGACGUCACAUUUCAGAAUGAAUGGAAACUCUUCAAGAGAAAAACGACUGUCAAAGAAUUACCGAUUGAAAAACGGUUUCGACCACCUUCUCCAAAAGCGAGGGCCAAACCAUCACCUCGCAAUGUCACAUCUCUAUUAUCGUCGACUCUCUUCGUAUUGGAUCUCUAUGACAUACAUUCUGUCAUUACUUCUCAAAUAUUGGCGCAGCUACUUUACUGGCUUGGAGCCGAGCUGUUCAAUCGCAUCAUGUCUAAUCGAAAAUACCUAGCACGAACCAAAGCAAUGCAAAUACGUAUGAAUGUAUCUAGUCUGGAAGAAUGGGCGCGAACGAACAAUCGACAACCUGAGCAUUAUGAACAUGGUUCUAUGACUUCUAGUGGAGAAAUGACUAUUGAGGCAACGCGGCGACAUCUUGCACCGUUAGUUCAAUUACUUCAAUGGUUACAAUGCUUCUCAUCCUUGGGACAAGAUGAUUUGGAAGCAUUGGUUGGAACAUUACAACAACUCACGCGACUCACACCCCAACAAUUAAUACAUUCGGUAAAACAUUAUCGAGCAGAAGUUGGCGAAAAGGGGUUACCAAAAAGUGCCAUGAACUAUUUAGUCAAUCUACAAGAAGAGCAUAGAUUAAGAAAAGAACGUCAAAAACGCACUUCUCAAGGUCUACGCAUGAGUGCGCCAUCUACACCAGCUAGAAAGGGAAGUAGUAAACCCUUACCUGAUACCCCUGAUUCAAAUGGUCGUGGUGGAAAACCUCAAUCUUUAGACGAUGAAUCUUUUGAGGAAGAUGACGAUGCGCCCGAAAAUCUUCUUUUAGAUCCAGCUCUUAUGCUUCCAUUCUCACUACCUUCGAGCACGGAUAUGUUGAUUAGUUAUGGAGCGGGAUUUGGUGGGGUGAAUAGAGAGAGAGAAAGAAAAUAUAUACCGACUGUUCCGCCGGAGUUUUUGGCAAAGUUGGAUUUGAGUGGGGGGAGAGCACAUUCAACUUAUCAUGAGAGAGAUUGGGAGAAUGAGGAGCUUUGAUGAGUAUAAGUGGUUGAAAGAGUGGAAAAUCGGGAGAUAAAAGAUAGCAUUUAUUGGUAGGCGAGCAGCAUGGUGUGGCGUUUUUGUUGGCGUUUGUCAUGAUGGAUGAUGCUGGUGCCGGCAUACAAUACUGAACAGUGUCAAAUAGUUUGACAUGGAUUUAUGUCAAAUGGUGAAAUUUGUUUUUCUGUACGCUUCUUUGAGAAGAGAAGAGGUAGAGGAAGAGGAAGAAUAGGGAGGAGAAUGAAAAGCAGUGGGAUUGAGUGAGUAGCAUAUUCUUAUAUGGUAUGAUAUGAAUGAAUGAAUGCUUUUUUUGUGUUGUACGCAAUAGAGAUUUGUAUUUAUAUCAAACCAAGUAUGAGAGGGGGGAGGGGAGGGGAUUGAAAUAGAAAAUUUAUCAAUCUUUCCAUUAUUGGACCUCUGGUUUGUUUUCUUCGAGAAAAAACAAGAAGAAAUCAGGGGUUGUGGAAUGGAUAUGUAUUAAUACCUAUA